CUUUCUGGUGACGCCUUGUCGGCAGCGAGCAUGGCGCCUCCCGCACGCUACUGCGUCCCUGGUGAGCGCCUGUGCAGCACGGAGGAGGCCACGGCUGGUAGUGGGACCUACACUCGUCAUGGCUUCAUCUUCUCCUCGCUAGCUGGCUGCCUGGAGAGGAAAAAUGAGGACAACGAGCUGCCCGUGGUGUCGGUGGUGAGAGACAGCGAGUCCCAGCUCCUGCCCAACGUGGGGGCUGUGGUCACCUGCAAGGUCUGCAGUAUUAACUCUCGCUUUGCCAAGGUGCACAUCUUAUAUGUUGGCUCCACGCCGCUGAAAUCCACCUUCCGAGGCACCAUACGGAGAGAAGAUAUCCGAGCCACGGAGAAGGAUAAGGUAGAAGUGUACAAGAGUUUCCGCCCCAGUGACAUUGUCCUGGCCAAAGUGAUCUCCCUGGGGGAUGCACAGUCCAACUACUUGCUGAGCACAGCAGAGAAUGAGCUGGGUGUGGUGGUGGCACGCAGUGAGGCAGGAGUGCAGAUGGUGCCCAUCAGCUGGUGUGAGAUGCAGUGCCCACGGACACACACCAAGGAGUUCCGUAAGGUGGCCCGAGUGCAGCCCCAGUUCCUGCAGACAUAACAGCUGUAGGACAGGGGGCUGCAGGACUGGGGCUUGUGGAGCCAGAGCAGCCCCUGGACUCACACCCCCUUCACAGGUUCAGCCAGGCCUCCACUGGCAGGACAGGUUUGCUACUUGUGAAUAAUAAAUAUUUUUUGAGAGCUCUA